AUGCCGACUACCAAAACCCACAAAGCCUUGGUUUAUGACAAACCGGGCGAUAUUUCAACUCAAAUUGUAGAGAUUGACACUCCCACUCCAGGACCCGGGCAGAUCCUGAUCAAGAUGACUCACUCGGGAGUCUGCCAUUCCGACCUUAGUCUGAUGACCAAAACGUGGAGUUGGCUUCCGGAGCCCGUCAAGUCUGGACAAAUUGGUGGCCACGAAGGUGUCGGUAUCGUCGCCGAGUUGGGACCAUCAUCUGCGGCUUCAGGUGUCAAAGUUGGUGACCGUGUGGGAAUCAAGUGGAUUGCUUAUGCCUGUGGCAACUGCAUGCCUUGCUUGGCCGGUGCGGAUGGCAUAUGCGUGAGCGCAGAGGUAUCUGGGUAUACUUGCCCCGGUACAUUCCAGGAAUACGCCUUGGCUCCUGCUCACUAUGUGACGCCCAUUCCCGAUGGACUGGCUAGUGAUAUUGCGGCACCACUUCUUUGUGGUGGUGUCACUGUAUAUUCGGCGCUCAAAAAGAGUAAAGCUCAGGCUGGGGACUGGGUGGUUAUCGCUGGAGCCGGUGGUGGACUGGGUCAUCUUGCAGUGCAGUUGGGAGGCCGAGGAAUGGGAUUCAGGAUUAUUGGGUUAGAUAUGGGAUCUAAAGAGAGUUUUGUCAAGGGAUGCGGUGCCGAAGCUUAUGUCGACAUCUCCAAGUAUCCUACUGCUAAUGGUAAGAGCGCUGCCGAUCAGAUCUUGGAAAUUACCGAUGGCAGCGGCGCUGCGGCGGCAGUCAUUUGCAGCGCCAGUAAUGCUGCGUACAGCGAGGCCCUCUCUUAUUUGAGAUUCAAUGGCACUCUGGUCUGUGUGGGUGUUCCAUAUGAUGCGAAGCCAAUUGCUAACGCCUACCCUCAUUUGAUGGUCGGCAAACAAUUGACCAUCAUUGGAAGCAAUGUGGGCAAUCGUUCGGAUGCCAUUGAAACUCUUGCUAUGGCCAAGCGGGUUGUCACUACUCCUUUUCGUCUUGAGAAUGUCCAUAACAUCAAUAGUGUGUUUAAGGAAAUGAAAGAUGGGAAUUUGCAGGGCCGGGUGGUUUUGGACCUACAAUUCUGUACUUAG